UUUAGUAAGAGGGGGGAACAAGUGAUUGAGCCUUCAGGGUGAAUAACAAGUCAUGCAAGAACAAGAGUUAAGCCGGACAAGAGAGCACUGUUCAGCACAAGAGAGAGAGGGCGAGGGUAGGCUGCAGAAGCAGAGAUAAGCAGUCCACAGCAAAAUUAGUCUACAGAGAAAGAGGGGUUGACACCGGACUGAAGAGAGAUCAAGGUUGACUCAAGUCUUUGCUGCCUCUAACCUGAUUAGGGAGAAUAGUAGCGGCAGUGGAGGCGAGCCGGGAGACCCGAUCAACCGAAUGUGAGAGCCGGCAAGAGCAAAAAGAAAAAGAAUUACAAGAGGACGCUCGGUGAAAGAAGCCUCUUAAAUCUGGGAGCUGGAAUUAGAGCCGUAGGAACUGCAGAGGGAAAGCCACAAAACCACAGUGAAAAUGCCCACAAAUGGGAACCGUCCUUUGAAGCUGCAGUUUGGUCUGAUCAAUCACGAGGGUCGCUACCUUACUGCUGAGUCCUUUGGCUUUAAGGUGAAUGCGUCAGCUCCCAGUCUGAAGAAAAAGCAGAUAUGGACUUUAGAGCAGGACUCCCAGGACAGCCAGGUGGUCUAUUUACGCAGUCACCUGGGACGCUACCUGGCCUCCAACAAGGACGGCAAAGUCACCUGUGAGGCAGAUGGCCACAAUUCAGACUGUCGCUUCCUCAUCGUGGCUCAGUCAGAUGGCCGCUGGGCGCUGCAGUCUGAGCAGUACCUCCGCUUCUUCGGCGGCUCUCGGGACUACCUGUCCUGCUUUGCCCAGGUGAUCACAGAUGCAGAGCUGUGGGCAGUGCACCUGGCUCUGCAUCCCCAGGCUAACCUGCUGUCUGUGGCCCGUAAGCGUUAUGCCCACCUCUCUAUGGAGGAUGGGGAAAUUGCUGUGCAUCUGAACAUUCCCUGGGGUGUGGCAGCGCUCCUGACCCUUGUCUACCAGGAAGGAAAGUAUUGCCUAAAGACCUGUGACAGCCGGUUCCUCGGCAAUGAUGGAAAGCUCCUAAUGGAGAGCGGGAGGGCCACAGCGUACACGUUGGAGCUGAAGUGUGGGAAGCUGGCCUUCAAAGACUGUGAGGGGAAGUAUUUGUCUCCCAUGGGUCCUACAGGGACCCUGAGGUCCGGACGAUGUUCGAAACCAGGCAAAGAUGAACUAUUUGACCUGGAGGAGAGUCACCCUCAAGUAGUUCUGACAGCAGCCAAUGGGCGAUAUGUCUCCAUAAGACAAGGAGUGAGCCUUGCAGCCAAUCAGGAAGAUGAGACAGACAUGGAGACGUUUCAGAUGGAGAUUGACAAGGAAACCAAGAAGUGUACGUUCCGCACCAGCCAAGGGAACUGCUGGGCUCUGGUGGCUCAUGGAGGCGUCCAGUGUACUGCAACUGAAUUGUCAGCAAACACCAUGUUCUCAGUGGAGUGGCUUGGCCACAAGGUGGCACUAAAAGCCAGCAAUGGCAAAUACAUCUGUACCAAGAAAAACGGCCAGUUAGUCGCUGUCAGUGACUCCAUCGGGGAUGAUGAACAGUUCACUCUGAAACUCAUCAACCGACCCAUGCUUAUCCUUAGAGGAGAGAAUGGAUUCAUCUGCCACCACAGAAACUCGAACACACUGGAUGCCAGCAGAUCUGUCUAUGACAUUUUCACUGUGCAAUUCAGCAAUGGAGCCUACCAUAUUAAAGGUGCUGAUGGCCGGUUCUGGUACGUUAACAGUGCCGGGCUGGUGUGUUCAGAUGGCGAGGCCCCUGAGGAUUUCACUCUGGAGCUCCUUGAGCACGGCCGUCUCGCCAUCCGUGGCAAGAAUGGCAAAUACCUGCGUGGAGACCAGGGAGGCACUCUUAAGGGAGAUGGACUCUGCCUGAGCAGCUCAGCCCUCUGGGAGUAUUAAUACAAACCAAUAUUAGUCCAAACCUGAGUCCUAGCUCAUCUCAUUGUUGGCAUUAAGUGCUUAAUGUGAAUCUAAAUCACUGUUAUUCUUUUUCCUUUUGCAAAGAGCAUUAUUGAGAGAGGCUCACAUAGCUAGGUGAACAAAGAGAGGACUGCAUAUGUAUAUAUUAGGCCAAGAGAAUCUCAAUGAAGUGAACAGUGUUUUGAGUGAGGAUUUUAACAAUUAGUGUUAAUGAACACUUCAUGUUUUCACAGAUUUAGUUAUUAGUAUGACAUAACGUAACAUGACAUGACAUCCUUUUAUGUAUAUUCAUCAUUCCAUCUAUAUCUUUUUUGCCUUUUAACCACUAAAAACAAGUAUUACAUGAGCAAGCCAGUAAAGUUGUAGUGUGGGCAUGUAAUGGUACCGUUCACUCAUUAGGUCAAGUGACACAGGGUGCCAUUUGAGGCAGACGCAGUCACCAUUAGAAGUGAUGUCACCCUCUAGGUGGGUGAAGUCAUGCAUGGUACUACUGACUGAGGUUAUUAGGAGACGAGAGUGACAAGGUUUCAAAUAGCUGCCUGUAGAAACAGAGAAAGACUGUACCCGAGACUCGUACUUGGAGUGUGUUUUCUUUUUCUUUUGUGAACACAGAGAUUUUUAAAAAUGCAUAUCUUGCAUUAUUUUGUUUAGGUAAAGAUUGUUUUAUCAAAAUAAAGGAACCAGGGAUAUCAUAAAAAGCUGAAAAUAUGCUUCCUUCCCAUUAAUGUCACAAAAUUAGCAGUACUACAUCAUGUGAGCGUGCCAUAGGAGUUAAUAACACUAUGACCAAUUUCAAAGUGUUCCUUGUGGAUUUAUGAUGGACAUUAUUUCGUUCUGACUACAUGGAAACAAUGCAGCUGGAAGCUUAUUAGCUACAUGCAACUUCUUCUGUGUUAGCAGGGAAUUAUGAACUCACUCAAUAUACACUUGCCAGCCACAUCAUUAGGUACAUCUGAUCAAGUGCUAAAUAGCUGAAAUCAAGAAGUCAAAAACUGCACUUAGCAUGUGUGUGUUUUGAAGAAGUCGGUUGAUUGGGGCCUGAUGAGGUGAAAGACCAACAGUUGGCAGAAAAUGACCUAAUCAGCCAAUCACAUGGCAGAAACUCAGUGCUUUUGGGCACACUAGACAACCUGCUAAAGUUCAAACUCAGUAUCAGAAUAAUAAAGAAAGGUAAUUGAAGCUACUUUGAACGUUAUAUGGUUGUCAGUGCCAGACAAGGUGGUACUUCAGAAGCUGCUGAUAUGCUGGGAUAUUUUGACACUACUAUCCAGAAAAUAUCCAGUGUGCACCAGUUCUCUGGAUGAAAAUGCCUCAUUGAUGUCAUAGAUCAGAGGAGAAACUCAUAGGAAACAGAAAUAACCAACUCUUUACAAACAAGGUAUGCAGAAGGGCAUCUCUGAACACCUCACAUGGUGAAGCAGAUGUACUACAGCAGCAGAAGACCACACUGGGUGCCACUCCUGUCACCUACAAACCAGAAACUGAAGCUAUAACGCAGAAGGGCUCACCAAAAUUGAACAACUGAAGACCUGAAAAAUGUGGCCUGGUUUGAUGAGUCUUGAAUUCUCCUGUAUCAGUGGUUCAGACUGCUGGUGGUGGUGGCUGCCUCUGCACCACGUCACUAGUUUCUUGAAUAUUGAAUGACUUCACUGUAUGGUCCCCAGAUCUCAAUUCAAUAUAACACCUUUAGGAUGUGGUGGAAUGGCAGAUUCACAUCAUGGAUGUGCAACCUGCAUAUCUGCAGCAAGUGUGUGAUGCUAUCAUGUAACUAUGGACCAGCACCUUGCUGAAUCUUUGCUACAAAGCUAUAAAAACAAUCCAAGGGUACCAUAACCCAGUACUAGCAAGGUAUACCUAAUAAAGUGGCUGGUCAGUCUAUAAUCAAGUUUACCACUGACGUUUGAUAUUGUGGCCUGAGAGACAGAAUGUAUAAAAGUCAGAAAGUCGACUUUUGUUUUUCUUUAUUAAGCUGAAAAACUGCAAUGUUUUCUUGAGAGAUUCAUCUUUUGGCGAUUUCAAGAUUUCAAGGGGUUAAACUGUUGAAUGUCUUAUAAUCAGCUCUUGCGUUUGCUGUUAAAAUCAUUUACAUUUUGUUGGAUCAAAUUUAGCAAUUUUGUUCUUCAUCAUCACCUGCUAUUCUCAAAGCCGGUGCUGUUUUUGGAUGCACCUUGGCUGUCAUAGUGAAAGAGUUUAGCAGCAAGGAACAGAACUCACCUGCUGCUGCUUUAGGCGUGUUGACGCUAUCAGCUUUCGCACAUCACACCAUGAUGGCAGCAGAAAAUACCAUCAGUUUCAGCAGCAGCAAUGGUUGCUGAAAUUAUGGCACAUUUGUCAGGUGCUUACUUGCUUUCUCCUCCUAAAUGUCCUUCUCGCUCUUUUUCAGUCCCUUCUUAAUAACAGUGAUUGUUAUUUUGACAAGAAUGAAAAUGUCCUGGCAAGACUGCCCAAGCUACUGACCGCUGUCACUGUUUCUAUGUUCUGCUCUAAAU